AAGUGGACUGAUCCAGUAGUAUUGAAAGCAAAGCUUAUCGCGCAGUUGUUUGUUUUCACUCAGCGCAGUAGCAGGGCGGAGAGGAGAGGCACGGAGUUGUGUAACGGUUACGUUUUUAAUCUUCAUAGCAUCUUUCCAGCCUCUUGCCAUGGCUCUGUGCAGUAGCGUCGGAGCCUUGGCGUUACCCAGCGAGCUUAUCGUUCACAUCUUCUCCUUCCUGUCAGACCGAGACAAGCUCCGGGCCUCGGCCGUAUGCUCUCGCUGGAGGGAGUGUCUCUUCUACCCUGCGCUGUGGACGGAGCUCAAGCUGCGCGUCGGUGGCGGAUCCAACGGCGGCGGAUCUGGAUCAGAACAAACCCCGCGGUUAGAGUUCCUCAUGCGCAAGUUCGGCUCCUUCGUGCGGGAGCUGCAGCUGGAGUUCGCCCCGCUGGACGGCUACUUAAGCCCGCUGCAGCACGGAAUGGAAGCCGUCGAGAGCGACCCGCAGUUCGCGAAGGAUGCGAUGGUGACAUAUUUGGAUCAGGUGUUGUGUGUGCUCGGCAGUCUGCGUAAUAACAGAAACCUCCAGAAGCUGAGUCUCUAUGGGGACACAUGCAUUCUUCAGGAUGAUGGGAUUUUAGAUAGCUCUUACCUCAGCCAAGUCGACCAAGGGGGCAAGAAAAUGAAAGAGAUUCAGCAGCUCUUUGAAGAGAUCCUGUCCAAUAGCAGGCAGUUGAAGUGGUUGUCGUCUGCGUUCAUGCUAGGUGUGGUGACUCCCUGCUCUCUGGCCUCGCUUUCCAACCCCAGCACCAGCUCUCUCGAGCACCUCAGUCUGAUCGACAACCAGCUGCCCAGCCUGAUUUCCACCGUCGAACUGGAGAGGCUCACUAACCUGCGGUCUCUGUCGCUAGACUUCUGCGAUUUCACCUCAGACACGUGCCGUCUCCUCGCCGGCGGUGACCGAGCGCCCCUCCACCGCCUCUCCCUCUUGCUCAACGGCGCUGCUUUGGACGUCAAGCCUUUGGAUGGUACCGCAACCGAGGAUGAUUGGAAAGCCCUGGUCCGUCGCAGCACCAACCUGCGUGUCUACAUCAUGGCGAUGGAUGUGUGUAGCCAGGAUCUUCUGCGUGUGCUGAAGCCUAGCGUGCCACUGGAGCGGAUCCAUCUGGACAGCUACAGCACACUGGUGACGGAUGGGGUCGUGGAGCUCAUCUCGCAGCAGUACCACAAAACCCUCAGCCACUUCAUCUUGAUGAGAGACGACGCUGGAUUCCCAGACCUCAGCGUCAACCGCAACGAGGACCCGCUGGUUCUCCUUGCCUGGCGGUGUGUGCACCUCGCUGUCUUGAUCAUCCAUGGCUACACUGUGUGGUCGCACAACCUGGUGGCCAUCUCUCGCCUGCGUGGGUCCAACCUCAAAGUCCUGGAGGUGUCCGAAGAGAGCAUUGACUUUGACCCAGACCAGUCGGUGUACAUGGAGGGCGACCCCGUCCACAAUCUAGUCAAGGAGGUGUCCCUGGGCUUGGGCCGCGUCUGGCAUCCCUCCAUGGACAACAGUGUGGUCCUGAACGAACCCACUCAGCACUUCCACCGCGAGAUGCAGAGUUUCAGCGCGGGCAUGUAGACGCACCACGGGCCCCGUUACCAAACGCCCUCUCUAACCCUGUGCUUGGUGAUCUUUCACUAAAUGGGCCCUUCUCAUUUUACACAUUGUUUUUUCCUUUUGCUUUUUGAUUUUGUUUUUGUUUAUUCUUGUAGUGUGAAUUUAAUCCUUUAUAUGUGCUGUGUUUAAUCAGUAUUAGCUCUAUAUUUAUAUCUAUAUCUAUAUAUCCUGCUUAUUACUAGGAAAGUAGAGUUGGGUAUUGGUUUAGUAGCUAAUGGAGUGAAUGGUAGAGAGGGGCUUUUAUACAGCUAGCUUACAAGUUGUACAGUGAGUUGUUCAUUCUCUCGCUUUGUCUGUUUGUUGGUUUCCCCCUAGAAAGUGUGGAGUUACCUCAAACUAUCAGUUGAUCCUUCUUGGCUUCUGCAACGACGAAAUCCCACAUUGACGUUGACCUUUUUAUAGGGAGAUUAGUCUUCCAGCCAAGGGAUAGGACUGAUCCACAGCAGUUACGACCCUUCCUCUUUGUUCCUCAGUAUGUAAUUGCGAUUCAGAGACGAGGAUUGGUGGAAACGACGUGUUCGGGACGCAGAUCCCGCUGGUUUUUCUCAACCUGGAAGUAGACGCGCCUCUGCUGGUGAAACCAAUCGUAGAGGUUCUCAGUCUGGUGUAUGACACCUGCAUGCUGACCGCCCUGCAGCACAAUAUCUGGGCCCAGCCAUAGGUGUUUUGUUCUUUUUCUUGUUUUCUUGUGUGUGUUGUUGUUGUUUUAAGAAGUCCUUCCCGUCUGUCUCAGGUAGGCAAAUAUUAUAUGACAAGGAAGAUGAAGAUGAAGGUUAUGAUAUUUUGGUAAGAGUGAAAACAAUCAGCUGUUCCGUCAGUUUUAAUUGUUCUUCUUGAGUCACAGUUGCCUUGAACUCCCCCCUUACUUCUUCAUAAUCAAUGUGUUUAUGGCCUCGGGCUCGGUCGGUUGGGAGUUUACGUUGUCGUAAUUCCCUACCAAGGUGCGUCAACUUCAGAGCGCAUCCAGGCCGUGGUAUUUCAUCUGUAAAGCAUUAGUUGGCGGGAGACAGACGUUUGCUUGUUCCAUAUCUCAGGAUUCCUGCACUUGCGGUACUUUUCCAGUCGAAAGCUUUUGUUGAAGCUUUGUUCAAAGGGUUGGCGUGCUCGAAGGGCAAGACUUUGUAGUGUUUUUGGAGGAAAGAGAGCUCUUCCAAAAGAAGUUGCUGGUUUUAUUUUUUCUUCCUGUGUCUAAUUUCCCUAGUUUAGCAAGGUGUUGUUUGCUUUUACAUAUAUUGCUCUUUUGUUUUAAAAAAUCAUAGUCGAAGGAGGUCGUGAAUGCUUGCAUAGCUGAAAAAAAAGUGAAUGUCUAAACUAAAGCCUUCUUGAAAGCGGCAGCGUUUUUGCUUUUUGCAGAAUCCCCUUUCAUGAGCAUAUCUUUUUGAAUAACGAAGCAGAACCGUUAAGUUGCCUCGCUAACCGUUACUCUGUCAGGCCUCAGAACUUCCUGUUAUUUGGCGGUAUCGACUACCGAAGCCAAACCAGGUUUGAAAUGGAAGCCAUUACCCCAAUCUUCCUGGAAGAUCUGCGCUUAUGACAAAACCAACGUAGAGCCAAAGCAAACCUUCGCGGCAUGAAACUAUCUUUAUAUGCAAAGUGAGGGGCAGUUUAGCUUAUGAUCUUGUUUGUGGUCCAAAAAAGGUUUGAAGCAGUUAACCAAUGAGGUCGAACAACUCUUGGCACAUGCACGAAGAGUUGACGUAGUUCGACAUUUUAUAAAUGCGAAGCGGAGAUCCAACUUGACUACAUUUUGACAAGUUUACAACCUAUUGCGGUACCCAUGUCAACAUUGGUGAAAACGGCAGAUUUUGGUGGUUGGCGGCACAGGAGGCAAAAAGGAUGUAAAAUCUGUUCAGUUCACUCCCUUUUUGAAUAAACCACAGACUAAAAAUGCCGUUUUCAGGUGCGUUGACAUGGGUGCCAAACAUGCUGUAAUGAAUAUGUCGGAAUGCUCUUAAUCGUGUGCCAGUAGUGGGAUUCUGUGUUUUUUAUUAGUUCAUUUCAACUUCAAAUAAGUGUGUUCUUAAUUCGGAGCUUUUACAUCGGUUUUGGCGCGAGUUGGAGAACGACAGCGUACGACACGUUACAAACUGCUAAAGCAUUCAUACCGUGCCUAAAACCCAGAAUAGCUUUCAUUUCAAACCCGCGUCACCGUACGUUCCCGGUCGACCAAGCGUUACAAAGACAUAGCAUCAGUGUUUUCGUCUCGUUUUUCUUUGCAAUGUGUGAGUGAGUGUGUCGUGUAAACGUUCAAAAAGUGCAUCCAUCAGAGAAGGAGGUGUGUGUCAGUACAAAGCGUACCACUUCCUCAGCAGUGAACAGGAAACAGCCAUUCUCAGGGUUACUGUUAGACGUGUGGAGGAAACAAAACGGAGUCCAAUAGCUCAGGCCUCUCACCAUGAAAGUUUCCAUUAAUGAAGAAUCUUCUGAACAAAGUCACUGGAUAUAACUUCUGUCAGCGCAUCAUCUGCGUCAGCUGCCAAAGAUAAUGGUGAUACGACUCUUUUUUUUCGAAGUGCCCGCAUGCUGGCAGAGGGCAGGGCCAAUGGCUGAUGGGCCGAGAUGUACUACUACUAUCGUAUUACGACAACUACUAUUAGAUAAAUGUACUAAUGGUUGGACUUGGUUGCGGUGGUCCACAGCUGUGCUGUGGCUUUGGUCAACAUACGUUAGAUCUCUCUUACAAUGCACCUGUUUCACUGUGAAGAGUGAAUGUAAUUUAACUAUUGAAAAUCAAGGUUGGUUCUAUCAGACCUAUAAGCUGCUAUGAGACGUGUUAGGAACAUUCCACUGGGGAGUUAAAAACAAACUAAAAUGGCCAAAUGUCUGCAUGAGAUGAUUAUUUUUUUACUCUUUUAUUCUGUUCUGUUUCGGUUCGGGCAGGGGCGGGAUCCUGGAAUCAGCGUUCGACUGGUCCUACGAUGAAAUUCUUGAGCCAUUUGAGAGCGAGCGUAGGUUUUUAUUCGCGAUCGAUGCGACCAGUCGGUUGUUACAACUCAGUUGGAUCCCUUUGUUUUUUUUGUUUUUUUUCUUUCAGAAACGUUAUAUGCAUUUCACAAUCUCGUAGUAGGGAGAAAGAGGGCUGCUUUGACCCCAUCUGAGACGGUCAGUGUUUUACAGCUUUUGUUUUUCUGACAGCUACCUUACCUAUUAUCAACCUCACGCCAGCCUUUGGUAAAAACGAACAGUCCGAGCAGGUCCAAGCUCAACACGGGCCUCUCUUCCUCUUUCUCUGGUCGGCUUGCGUUAACGGCAAAGUCAAAAAAACUAUGCAAACGGAAUGCAUACGAUCCAAUGGCUCUUAACUUUGUUUUUUUUUCUUUCUUUUGGUUUUUCCUUUUAUUUCUGUCACUCAAAUGGAAAUAACCUAACUUGCAAUGAUACUUGGCCUUAUUAUUGUUAUUAUUAUUGUUUUAAGAUCUUGAUUCUUCGGAAGCCAACUCAGUUUCAGGGGCGACCGUGGGUUACAGACAUGGUCUCUAUGAGACUGGCCAGAAGGCCCCAGUUAUAAGUGGUACGAAUGUUGUGCAUUUGUUUAAAAUCAGGACAGUUUGCAAUAAAGAAGUGGCCAUCAUGGGGCACCAGCAGUGCUAAGACCACGCUGCUACCUUAUAAACUUAACGGGGAGUUAAAUAAGAUAACACAAACAUGCAUAUGCGUAUAUAUAUCAGUGUAUAUACUGUUAUGCAACACAUGUCCGGGUUCUAUUUAUGAACAUUGAAAAAAAAAAAAAAAGUUUAUAAGCGUUGUUGUUUUGCAAAAAUGGUUUUACCAUCUUAAAUGUUUAAUAUUUGGGCAGGUGUGUUCUGUCUACUUUUUUGUCUCCGGUGAGCACAUAGCAUUGGAUUUUAUAUGUACAUCUGCAAACAGGAAGUACUCUGGCACAGGUGUGAACAUGCCAGGUGGGAAGAUUUUAAUGAGAAAAAGUGAUCUUGAGGUUCCACGAUAAAGAAGGAAAACCUUUGAAAAACUUAACUGACAGAUAUUGGGUAAACCAGCCGAAUGUUGAUUUGAAUUAAUGUUGAACGAAUGCAUUUUCUUUUAAUCGGUAAAAUAAAAGCAUAAAAAAAUCUA